ACUUUCCAGAUAAAGCAAGGCAGAUAUAAUACCCCUGGUGCGCAGAUGGAAUACAAACAGCGACUGUAGUAUGCCGCAUAGAAAACCAUGGCUGAGAAAGCACUUGCGAAGGACAGCGUUGGAAUGGAUACCUCAAGAGUGAGGGCUUGGUAUCUGAACGAUCCAGAGACGGUUCUGGGUACACAAGAAGUCGUGCAGAUCCUCGGUGAAGGCACCGUGAUCUAUCAAGCGUCAUCCGAGGCGGAAGAGAAGGCAGCACUAGACUACAUUCGUAAGACCAAACACAUAUCUGCGGAGGAUCGCUUGUACAUAUCUCCGAAGAGGGAAGACCACCAAUCUACGCUUCACCAAAUUGGCCGGGAGCACAAACACCCGGAUGAGGAGGUGCGCCUCUUCGAACGAGGAACUGGAUUCUUUGACGUGAGAGACCCACACGACCGCUGGCUCAGAGUGCGCCUGGCACAGGGAGAUCUCCUCAUCCUACCGGCCGGGAUUUACCAUCGCUUCACGCCUGCUAGCCUUGAGGAAGAAAUCACAGUGCGCAGAUUAUUUACGGACGAAUCCAGCUGGGUUGCAGACUUUCGCUGAGCAUUGUCCGCAGCAAGAAUGCGAAACACAGAUGUGCUCCUUUUACAUAGGUGGAGUAUAGAAAACGAAUGUAUAUCACAUUGGGUCAUUAAACGUCAUGCCAUUGCGAUA